AUGGCCCCUUCUGCAGUCUCCGUGAAGGGCCCGACGAAGAAGUCGGCGACGAAGAAGACUACACAUAUGACGUAUGAGGAUAUGAUCAAGGAGGCCAUUUUGGCUCACGGAGACGAGGCUCGUUUGGGCCUGGGUCGUCCGACCAUCAAAAAAUAUAUCCUUGCAAAGCACCCUGGCACGGGACGGCUGCCGCUGGCCUCGUUCAACACCCACUUUAACCAGGCGAUCACACGUGGCGAGGAGAAGGGCGUGUUUUUGCUGCCGAAAGGCGUGAGCGGCAAGGUAAAGGUAUCUGCCAAGGCUAAGCCGGCCGCGAAGCCGGUGGCCAAGACUACCAAGGUGGCCGCUAAACCCGCUGCAAAGAAGAUGACGAAGGCGGCUGCCAAACCUGCAACCAAGAAGGCGACCAAGGCGACUGCUAAGCCUGCUGCAAAGGUGACCAAGGCGGCUGCCAAGCCUACUACCAAGAAGGUGACCAAGGCGGCUACGAAGAAAGCGACCAAAGCUUCUCCCAAGAAGGCUGCGCCCAAAAGGGCCUCAUCGGCCAAGGCAUCGACCGCGGCGAAGAUGAGCACGGCUGUGAAGAAAUCGGCCUCGAAGGCGGCUGCUACAAAGAAGGCACCGGCCAAGAAGACCACCACUACGAAGGCGUCGACCAAAUCGAAGAAGUGA